CGAUAGCGUUUAGCUUUUUAACGCUGCUUUGCGUUGCGAUUGAGUGGGGGUAAAACGCCAGCUUUUACUCGCUGCGUGAAAUUGCACCUUUAAAGGGAAAAAGUUUCAUGAUCGACCCCCAAGAAAUAAACACGAAACAAACGAUAUUAUUUAGACAUUAUGCAGUGUCAGUGUGAAAACUUCAAUACUCCAUGCAUAUUUGUACAUAGUGAUGUUGGAAAUUUUCAUGAUGCACUUAUUAUUGAACAAACAAUGAGUUGUAAAAGUGCAGCAUCUGCUGGUUAUCAAAGUUUAUUAAGUGGCGCAAGUUCUGUACAAGCUGUAGAAAUUGCAUUACGAUGGUUAGAAUGUGAUGAAUUCUUUAAUUGUGGUUAUGGAUCGGUUUUAAACAAUAUAGGAAAUAUACAAAUGGAUGCAUGCAUAGUAGAUGGUUUUAAAUCGGAAUGUGGAUCUGUAGCUGCUAUAUCAGAUGUAGAGCAUCCAAUAUCUCUUGCUAGAUAUGUUUUGAAUAAUUUUCCUGAUUCCAUCAUAGUAGGGGAAGGUGCAAGAAAAUUAACAGAAUAUGCAAAAUUAAAUUGGUUGCCAAAAGGAAAUAUGACAGCACCUAUGGCAUAUAUAGCUUAUAAUAAAUCGGAAGAAAUAGACAAUUCCAAUAUUAAUUUGGAUAUUGACGAUCAUUACUUAUUAGAAAUAUUAGCAAGUAAAUUGUAGAUAUAAUAUUUCAGAAUGUCAUUUUCAUAUUU